AUGGCACCGAAUACAUCGAUCCUGUUGCAGAAUGCGACUAUCCUUGUCCCCAGUGGGAAAAAGGAUGAAUCAGUCAUCCCGCUUCGAGAGCAUUCGCUGCUCAUUGAAGGCAACAGAAUCACCCGGAUUGCACCCAGGUUAAUUGCCCCUUGGCCCACGACAGAAGUGAUAGACUGCACCGGCAAAAUUGUAUCCCCUGGGUUCAUCGACACCCAUAACCAUGUCUGGCAGAGCCAAUUGAAAGGAAGACAUGCCGAUCACACUCUGAUUGAAUAUAUCCCUACAGGGAGCAUGCAAGCGUACAACUAUACGCCAGAAGAUAUAUUCUGGGGACAGCUGGGAGGAUGUCUCGAAGCGCUGGAUGCAGGAACGACUACGGUUGUUGAUCAUGCACAUAUGAACUAUUCGCCUGAAAACAAUACCGCUGCUAUUGCCGCCACCGUGUCAUCCGGGAUCCGCUCCAUCUUUGGCUAUGCAUUUGUCGCGAGAGUGAAAGAAUGGCAACCUAGACUGACUGUGAACUCAUCUUUAGUCCCAGACUGGGCUGUGAAGCAAGUAGAAGAGCUCACCAAAGCCGCUCCCUUCGGAGACGGUCGGGUGCAGCUAGGCUUGGCUUUUGAUGCAUUAUUCCUCCCGAAAGAGAUCGUUGCGGACCUUUACGAUAAAUGUCGGCGAGCUGGUGCGAAGCUUGUCACCUCUCAUUAUGCACGUGGUGCUGUAUUCGGACAACACUCGAUUAUCGACGUCCUUGACGGUUAUGGCCUGUUGGGUCCAGAUCUCCUCAUUUCGCACGCAACUAACAUGACCGACGCGGAUGGAGAGAAGCUAAAGAGGGCUCGUGCUUCCGUUUCCUCUACGCCGGACACGGAGCUACAAAUGGGACUCGGAUAUCCAGUCUGCUUUCGCAAUGAUGUCAAAGCAAUCAGCUCCUUUGGAGUGGACUGUCACGCGAACAACGGAUCCAGCAUCAUCAUGCAAAUGCGACUGGCUCUCCAGGCUGAACGCGGGCGCCGGAACAAGGCCCUAAUCCUACAAGGAAAGGCGGCCAGGCAUCAGAGUAUCACGGCUCAAGAAGUCUUCCGCUUAGGGACCAUCGGAGGAGCACGCGCCGCCAAAAUGCAGGAUGAGGUUGGAUCGCUGGAGGAGGAUAAACUGGCCGACAUUGUUAUCUUCGAUGCGCUCAGUCCGGCAAUGGUCUGUGCCGCGGAGCAGGACCCUGUGGCUGCCAUUAUAUUCCACUCGUCUAUCGGCGACAUUGACACCGUCAUUGUCGACGGCCAGAUCCGGAAAAGAGGAGGAAAGCUUGCUUCUAUCGAUGUCGACGUUUCGGACACAAACAUAAAGCCAGCAAAGUCUCGCCUGGAAUGGUCUGACGUAGCAAAGGAGCUUCUGAAGAGUCGACAAAGAAUAAAUGAAUUGGAUGAGAAGCGGUUGUCUGGAGAUAUUGAACGUGCCGUGGAUGACCUGGCGAUGGCGUUCCAAAUUGGUGAAGGUAGCCUCGUUUAA